AUGAAGAAGAUUCUGGGCCAUGGGUUUAAGGAAAGGACACCCUUGGUCUUCUGCAGUGUCCCACGAAGGAACUUUGUGGACAUUUUGCGUGAUAUGAAAAGCCUUUCUGUUCCAGAUGAACCAAGAUACAAACCUCUCAUAAAGAUUCACAAGGCCGCAAAGGAAGGGGAUGUGGAGAGAACUGAGAGAAUGAUCAGGUUUGGGAAAUACAGCGUGCAUGACAGGGACAAGAUGCAAAGGACUGCUCUGCAUUUUGCCUGUGCCUAUGGCUAUGAACAGGUAGUGACUCUCCUGUUGUAUAACAAUUGCGAGAUUGACGCUCUCAACAGGAACUUCGUGACACCUCUGAUGAAGGCUGUACAAAGUUGGACAUAUGGAUGUGUGACUACUCUGCUAAAACACGGCGCUGAUCCAAACCAUAAGGAUAGUUAUGGGAAUAGUGGACUCCAUUAUGCCAUCUCUGAAGACAACCAAACCCUUGCUGGAAUGCUACUUAAAUACUUAAAUGCUGACAUUGAACAACAGAACAAGGCCAACUAUGGCUAUAGGCAGACCUUGUUUCAAAAAGAAAAACAAACAAAUAGAAAAAAAGAAAUGAGAUUGAAGAUAUACUCGGUGCUUCUGUAUGCUCAACUAUAA